AUGAAUGUGAAAAACUAUAUUGUUUGUUCAUUCUUGUUAUAUAUAUUAGUAUUGAAUUAUGAAAUAUUAAUAUUUUUAAUUAACAAGAAUGUUUAUGAAUUAUUAGAAAAGAAGAAUGUUUAUAAAAUAUGCAAUUAUUAUAUACACGAAUUUUUAAAAUAUGGUUUUGUUUCAUUUUAUAUCUUUGUGUCUUUUUUACCACAAAAAAAUGUUUAUAAGAAACGUAGUAAAAUAAAUUAUAUAUUUGCAAAAUUCUUAUUAUUAUAUUUUAUAUUUUUUUUUAUACAUUUUGCUAUUAAUGUGUUUAAUAAUUUCCCACUUAAUUUGUUUUAUCUAAUUAUUAUAUCAUUUCAUUUAUCUGAAUUUUUUUUAUCUUUUUUACAUAAUAAAGACAACCCUAAUUAUUAUAAUUUCUUGGUGAACCCUAAUUGUGUAUAUGUAUACUUUUUUAUAUUAACAUUAUUUGAAUAUUAUCUAAAGAUUUUCUUUUUUAUAUUUAUGAAUGUAUAUGAAAAAUAUAUAAAUAAUAAAAAAAUCCUUCACAAGUUUUUAUUGAUCAAUUAUUUCUUCCUAAAAAAUUAUAUAGACAAAGAUAAAAUAUGUACAUACAAAUAUACCAAUCAAAUGAAUAUAGGUACUUCUAACGAUGUUCAAAAAAAUUUAUUAUUAAAUCUAUAUACAAAUCAAAAUAUUAAUCAACAAUAUGAUAAGUAUAAUCAUAUAAUUUAUAGCUUUUCUUCAAAAAAGUUCUUAUCAAAAAAAUCACCAUAUUUAUUAUCUAGACUAUAUAAUCAACACACACAAAAAGAUAAACACAAAUAUAAAAGUCUCAAAUAUAUUAACAAAUUGAAUUAUAUACAAAUAAAACAAGAAACAAAUCAUCAUCAACAUAAAAAUGAUAUGAACUCAAAAAAUAAUUUUAUUUUAUAUUAUAACAAUAUAAAUAAUCAUGGACAAUGUAUUUUUAAUUUUACUAUUUUUACAAAUAUUGUUGAAAAAUAUACUGGAAAAAAAUUCUACAAAUAUUUUGAUAUAAACAAUUCUUUUCUAUAUGAAAUAAUUUCAAAACAUAAACAUGUAUUUCAUUCAUAUGAUAUACCAGAAAAUUAUGAAAAAAAAUAUAAUCAUUAUAAAUUCCUAGUUUUAAUAUCCUUAUUAUUUUGUAUAACUGGAAUGUUUAUAAGAAUAAUGGCUAUAAUAAAUUGUUCAAAAAAUUUCUCAUUUUAUGUUCUUAGUUCCUAUUCAUUAGAAAAAAAAUAUAUGAACAGAAAACAUAAUUUGAUAAAAAAGGGAAUAUAUAAAUACAUGAGGCAUCCAUCUUACACUGGGUGGUUUUAUUAUAGCAUAUUUUUACAAUUACUCCUGUCAAACAUAUUUUGCUUCGCACUCUCCUUUUUAUUAUCAUGGGUCUAUUUCUAUAGAACCAUAAAAAGAGAAGAAAAAAAUUUAUUAGAAUGUUAUAAUUACGAAUAUCAGACAUAUAUGCAAGAAACUCGUUCUACAUAUAUACCCUUUAUGACCAGGAUUUAA